AUGUUGAUAAUCUCAAUUUAUGUUGAUGACUCAAUUUUUACUAGUGAUGAUGAAAGCUUGAUUCAAGAGUUCAAAAGAGAUAUGAUGCAGGCUUAUGCAAUGAGCGACUUGGGGCUAAUGCAUUAUUUUUUAGGAAUUGAAGUAUCCCAAACACAAAAUGGGAUUUUCAUUUCUCAAAAGAAGUAUGCAGAAGGCAUUAUUAAAAAAUUCAAGAUGGACAGAUGCAAGUCAGUUUCUACUCCCUUGGUUGCAAAUGAAGAGUUAAAGAAAGAUGAUGGUGCUAAGAAGGCAGAUGCUAAAAUGUAUAGAAGUUUAGUUGAUAAUUUCUUGUAUCUUACAGUUACUAGACCAGACAUAAUGUUUGCUGCAAAUUUACUUUCCCAUUACAUGCAAGAACCAAGUCAUAACCAUUAUAGAGCUGGGAAAAGAGUUCUUAGAUACUUGAGAGGCACUCUUGAUUAUGGGAUUCUUUACAAGGCUGGAGAAUGUUCGAAUCUAAUUAGUUACAGUGACAGUGAUUGGGCCGCAGAAGCAGAAUAUAUAGCUGCAGCAAAAGCAACUUCACAAGCUGUGUGGCUGCGAAGAAUUCUUGAAGACAUUGGAGAAAGACAAGAAGAAAAAACCAUAUUGUUUUGUGACAACAAAUCAGCCAUUGCUAUUGGGAAAAAUCCAAUCAAUCAUGAUCGUACCAAGAUUGCAAUCAAAUACCAUUUCAUAAGGGAAGCCAUAGAGAAUGGUGAAAUUCAGCUCAGGAAGCGGAUCAUUGUAUUCCAAACUAACCGUGACGGCAAUCAAGCAGCUUAUUUUAUGGCGAAACUUGCUCUAACGGGUGAUAUUGAAUUGCCUACGGACUUGUCUGCUACUUUAAAGGCUGAUUGCUGGAAUGUGUGCCAUGAAAAGGAUUUUCAGGAGAUUGCAGGCUGGCUGGUGAAAGCAUUGCGGAUGCUUGCUGGGUUUUUCGCUAUUGGUCUAAUCAUCCUUUAUCUACUCGGUUUGGCUGCUUGCAUCAGUUGA